UAAACCAUACUACAACAUGUCUGGACGCGGUAAAGGAGGCAAAGUUAAGGGGAAGGCAAAGUCUCGUUCGUCUCGUGCUGGUCUCCAGUUCCCGGUAGGCCGUAUUCACCGUCUGCUGCGGAAGGGAAACUAUGCCGAACGUGUCGGUGCUGGUGCUCCCGUAUAUCUGGCAGCUGUGAUGGAAUAUCUGGCUGCUGAAGUGUUGGAAUUGGCAGGAAACGCAGCCCGUGACAACAAGAAGACCAGAAUCAUUCCCCGUCAUCUUCAAUUGGCCAUCCGUAACGAUGAGGAGUUGAACAAACUUCUGUCCGGUGUCACCAUCGCCCAGGGAGGUGUCCUGCCGAACAUUCAAGCCGUUCUGUUGCCCAAGAAGACCGAGAAGAAGGCUUAAACAAUCAUAUUAUUCAAACAAUCAAAAACCGUCCUUUUAAGGACGACCAAGUUUGUGCACGAUGAGUUAAAAACAUUUUUUUCUACAUCAGCUAUUGACGAGGGACUACGGUUUGUUUUCUAUACUGGGCUACAUUUUAUAAAAUUGGAAAUAAAAGUGGCAAAUAUACCGUCAUGUUUCAAACGAUGAUAUCGUCGGUUUCGUGCAACACUGGCACAGCUCAAAAUUUUGCAUUUUUAAGUUUUUGAUGGCAAACGAUGCGAAAUAAUUUAAAAAAGGGCAAUUUUUCUAUCUAAAAUGUCCUAAACCCUAUAAAAAAACUCGAGAAUUUGUCCA